UGCUCGGCUCUACAACCUUCAUUGACACAAUAAUCGAUAUAAUCUCGUAGAUAGAAACCCAAUCUACGAAAUUGUGCGCAAUAUGCUCGAAUUUCAUGUUUAAAACUUGAGUAAUGAGCAUUAUUUUUCGUAACUUUCAAAAGGGCAUAUCGCACGAUAUGCCCUAAUCACAUGUUAGUAUCGAAUUAUUCUUCCAAACAAUAAUUAUCACUUAACAUAUAUCAAUUCAGAUAUAUAGCGUAAAUAAAUUAUACUUCUACAUAAUAAUUUCAACUUUUGUCAUGGCAUCGGCCGAGCAACUCGCCUUAUCACAAUUAAUCAAAUCAGUGCACAAAGAACUUCGUGAGUCGACCAAAACAUCUGAACCGGAUCAAGUUUGGAGAGAUCACCUGAGCAAUCAGAAGGUUCUGAAUCAGUAUGCCACGGCAAUGCACAAGCUGGCCACCUGCCAUUGGGACAAGAAUAUGCACGUUUCUAGUAAACAAGCAAACUGUCGUAUUGAAUGGGUUGUAAAUUCCUGUCGAGAGUACUUUUUUGAACCUCGUUUGUUGAAUUUGUUUCGUGAAAAAGAGAAUAAGAUAAUGAAAGGAAUUGAUCCAGAGCAAGCUUCUAGUAACAAUGAUUAUGAAGUUCAGAGGAUCAGUAUGCUGGAUGUAGGAAGUUGCUAUAAUCCAUUUGCAGUAUUUCCAGAUUUCAGUGUAACAGCAAUAGAUAUAGCUCCAGCUAAUGAUACAGUCAGUUGCUGCGAUUUCUUAGAAUUUCCUCUAGGUUUGCAUUCAGCCGACAGUUUCAUGGGCUGUCAUUUCGAUGCAGUUGUAUUCAGUUUGCUGCUUGAAUAUCUGCCUACUUCAGAUCAACGACUGAAAUGUUGCCAAAAAGCGUACGAAGUUCUGAAGCCCGAAGGGAUUUUACUAAUAAUUACACCGGACUCUCGCCAUCAGGGUGCAAAUGCCAAGUUAAUGAAAAAUUGGCGAUAUACGCUUGGUCUCAUUGGAUUCUGUCGAAUAAAGUUUGAGAAAUUAGAGCACGUGACUUGCAUGGUAUUUAGGAAGGCUGUUUACAAGGAAGUUCCUCGAAGAUGGUGUUCUAUUCAUAAGGAAACAUAUAUGCAACAGGCUUUGAAUAUACCUCAAGACUUUAACGAAAGUGUGUUUAAUGUCAACAGCAACCAACAAAAUCAGAACCAAUUUCUUACUGAAGUAGAUGAAACUGAAAUUAAAGAUUUAUUUAAUGGACUACCUUUUGUUGACCACGAAAUGUUCUAAAAAACUAA